CAAAUGAACUGCCUUCCAUUAAGAUUAGGAAUCCUAGAGGUCUUUCUGAGGCUCACAUUGAAAGUAUUUCAGACAAUCUUCAUGGACUUACUGAAAGUCUCCUUGGAUGCCCAAUGUUGUAUCAAAUUAUUGAUUAUGCUAAGGAAAGUUUGACUGAUAACAACAUACCAAGCUGCACAUGUGCAAUAUGCUUAGGUCACUUUCAGGAUCACGACUGUUUUACCAAAACGGACUGCUAUCAUUAUUUUCAUUGUCACUGCUUACUCAGAUACAUCGACUAUCAUCUCAACCACUGUGAUGAAAAUAGUGAUGACAGCAGUGCACAACAGAUUAUUUGUCCAAUGUGCCGUGAACCAAUCACCUAUGACUUGGAUGCACUCAAAUCAGCACCUGAUUUGGACAACAAUGAAGAAAAGAUUGUUUAUCAUGCUGAUGCAGAAAUGAAAAGACUUCAACGCGAGAUGUCCAAGUUAUAUAACCAACAGCUGCAGAAAGGAGGAAUCAUCAAUGUCGAGGAGGAGAAAAAUAAAGCUGUUAUCAGUCUAAMUAUGGAAUCCAGUAGUCCUCCAAUCUCAUCUUCAAUYGAGAAACCGGUUGUAAGCGAGAUACCRAAUCCCGYGUCAAGUAACUCCAGUAUGUCUAGUUCUAGUUUAGUGGAAAGUAAAGGUACUGAAAGAGAAGGAAAAUCACGGGUUGAMAGACCUUCCUCCUCUAGAAAAAAYAGAGGCAGAGGAGGACAUCGACCUUGGAGUGAGGGACGGAGGAGCGACCGGAGUGAUGAUAGAUGGAKUGGUCAAGCAAAGGGCUUCGAKAAGAAAAGGGACGUCAAUAAACAAUUUUAUAGGGGUGGCACCUCUCGUAGAAGAACUGCUGACCGAAAUGGAAAGGAUAAUAAUAAAACACUUGGAAGUGAAGAAGUUUCAAAGAAAAAUCGUGAAAUAGAGCCACAAAGACUCAAAGAAAAUUCACAUGUUGAAAAAGGGGAACAGACACGCCCAGAGAAAGGGGCAUUGCCAUCGUCGCCUAUAGAUAACACUAAAAGRAGAAAUACCAAUACUUUGUCAACAWCGAAUGAGAUAGAAAAUAAUACGAGCACAUAUCGGGAACACACUAAGAAAGCAGAUAAUAGUAAUAAUAAACUUAAUUCUAAUGAAAAAGAUGCCCCCAGCGAGACUUCUCGUGCCCUAAGUCAUCAAGACAGACUUGACCGCACUCACUCGGAAUCGCUCAGCAAAAAACAAGCCGAAGUAGUGGAAUCUUCUCAAAAGGGCAAAACACGACCAAAACGGGAUAAUUACAAAUCCUACAGCAAAGAAAGCAAAGUAGUUGAUAAACAAAAAUACCCGAAGUCGUCUUACAAAAGAUCUGAACAAUCCAAAUCACGGCCUGGUAKUAGUCCUGUUGCGCCUCCCCCUGGAUUUGAARCUUUUGAUAAUAAAUCUGGAGGAAGAAGGCCACCGCCUGGCUUCGAAAAUAAUUCGGACUCUUCAAUCCCGAAACCACCUGGAUUCUAAAUGUCAGUGUCAACGCACGUUAUAAAAAAUCUGCAUAUUAUUUAACUUCUUGAUAUUAAAGUUCAAAUUAUUUUAA